UACAAAACCCUAGUCAUCUUAUUCGCAGACGCAGCCGUGAAAGGGAAAUGGUGUCGCUGAAGCUACAGAAGAGGCUCGCCGCCAGCGUCCUCAAGUGUGGAAGAGGAAAGGUUUGGCUCGAUCCCAAUGAAGGCAAUGAGAUCUCCAUGGCCAACUCUCGUCAAAACAUCAGGAAGUUGGUGAAGGAUGGAUUUAUCAUCAGGAAGCCAACGAAGAUUCACUCCCGAUCUCGAGCAAGGCGCAUGAAGGAGGCUAAGAGAAAAGGACGUCAUUCUGGAUAUGGUAAGCGUAAGGGAACCAGGGAGGCGCGUCUGCCAACUAAGAUUCUAUGGAUGAGAAGGAUGAGGGUGUUGAGGAGGUUGCUGAGAAAGUACCGAGAGUCAAAGAAGAUUGACAAGCAUAUGUACCAUGACAUGUACAUGAAGGUUAAAGGUAAUGUUUUCAAGAACAAGCGUGUGUUGAUGGAGAGCAUCCACAAGUCAAAGGCUGAGAAGGCCAGAGAGAAGACUUUAUCUGACCAGUUUGAGGCCAAACGUGCCAAGAAUAAGGCAAGCAGGGAAAGGAAGAUGGCCAGAAGAGAGGAACGUUUGGCACAGGGUCCUCAGGAGAGAGCACCUGCACCUACACCUACACCUACACCUGCUACACAACCUGCACAGGCAACAAAGAAAUCCAAGAAGUGAGAUCUCUUCAGUUUAUUAUACUUGCUUAUUGGAUGUCUUUACUAGCCUUGCGUUUUAUCUUAGUUAUUUGUUUGUCAUUGUUUUGUUUUGUUUGGGAAUAUUUCUAUUUAGAAGGAGAUUAAAGCACUUGAUACAAUGAAUUUUGUCUGCA